AUGUUGAGAGCAGAAUAUGAUAUAAAUGAAAGGACUAUAAGAACUGAUGAACAUAACAUUCUUAAUAGAGAUUGUCAUGUUAGAAUUACUCUUCAAGAGUUAAUAGGUUCAGAAGGUCCACAUUCUACAUUUCAUCAGUAUUGCCUUUAUGCUUCAUAUGUUCAAGGUGCAAAUUUUGAUAAAUAUAAUUACAGCAGAGGUAAACCAUAUGAAGAUGGUACUGCAAUAUGUUUUUGUUGUAUGAAACUUAUACAUGUCAAUAUUAAUUUAGGUUCGAAAGCAAAUCAAUUCGAUUUAAUGAAAGAUCAUUAUGAUUAUGAAUGCUUAAGACCACAAACCGAAAGGGAACCAUCAAAUGCACAACUUGCUUGGAACAGUUUACCAAAUGAUGGUACUCCAGAUGAUAAAAAACUUCUAGGUUUAAUGAGACAUAAA